CUCGUGAACUCGUGAAACGCCAUUUAAUCAUUCGAAAUCGACUGGAAAGUAAUGGAGUACACUGGGAGUAGCUACACAGGAGACUUUAAAAAUGAAAGGUUGGAAGGAAAAGGCGAAUAUAGUUUUCCUCCUUCGCUAGAAACCAAAUAUGAGGGCAAUAUGAAGGAUGGAAUGUUUCAUGGUGAGGGAACACUAUACUUUUCUAAUGGAAGCAAGUAUGUAGGGAAAUGGGAUAAUGGCAUAGCAGUAGAAGGAGAAUACACAUUUGCAGAUGGUCUAGAGUAUGAUGCAGAAAAUUGGGGAUAUUGUGAUGGAUAUGAUAGAAGAUUUUACACAGAGAUUUGUCAUGGACUAAAGCCUGCAGGUCGAUCACAGUUGACAAACAGAAUUCCACCUAGAGUUAUACCUGAAGGCUGCUAUGACUGUGGCGAUGGUUUCUACAACCCAUCAACAAGAGUAGUAUCUGAUUAUGGACACAAAUUUCUCAGAAACACAGGUAUUUUGAUUGUUGUUUUUUUUCGCUAGCAAU